UGUCUCCAGUAUAUAUCGAUGCUCUCAAAUCAUGGCCCUUGAAGCGAAGUAUAUAUAUAGCCUACAUGAUCAGAGUAUAGAUCCCUCAGUACUGUACUGCGGAAUUAGGAAGCUUAAUCAGACCAUGUAACGUUAAUCAUCAUCAUCUAGUUUAAUCGACUCAUUAAUUACCACCAUCUAUACCUUUUUCAGAACCAGCUUUGAUGGGAGGCAUUCAGUAUUUUCGUUUUGAAGACUAUAGUCUUGGCUCCUUUUGUUGAUGAAGUCCCUGUAAUUACGAAAUCUGCCUGUAAUUAUGAAAAUAACUCUGAUGCAUGAGCUGUUGAAUCCAACAAGAACCCGAAUGCAGGCAUAAUUUCACAUCUUUGCUUUCAACGUGACUGAAAUCGCAACGAAAACGCCUUAAAAAGCAAGGUGUUUGAAAAGCUUAGAAAGUAAGUUGUGCAUUGAUGUUGCGUAGACGACCUCGUGUGUCAUGGCUAGAACCUAGGCUGGAACGCGGAAGUCGCUCAUCCGUCUCUAUAGCAACAGAACUGUUUACUGCCAGAAGCUGGAAUGGUCCAAGAGGACUCGCCAUACACUCAGGAAAAAGGGCAAUUAAAAAGAAGCUGCAGAUAUGCCGACUCUGCCUGGAGUGUUCAAGUCUCCAGAGAAAGAUCUACUGAGAAAGCACAACUUACUGCCGCCCAUUGAGCCUCCUGCCCUGCCUCCGGAUUUUACUGAUGGCCCCCGUGAUGUGCAGGAGAGGAGCGCCACCAGGCGGAAGAGAAUGGUCCACCGACGGAGCCGAAACCAACAGGAACAGCUGCACAUCAGAAUGGUUAAUAAAGCCAUGAAGGCUUGUAGGCUGGAAAAUGAGGCGAGGUCAAACAGAAACCGUUCACCUCCUGAACCGGAAUUUCCUAGUACAAUGAACAGUGAAGAGAGAAAACGGAGAAUGAACCUCAGUUUCCUGAGGCAGUGUGUAGAGCAGAGGCCCAUGGUGCCCAUCCAGCAGGAGUGCCUGGACUCCAUCCUGACCCGCGUCCCCCUCCACCUGCGCCAGGGGUCCGGCCAGCAGGAGCUACUGGAGAACCUGUGCCAGGAGGUCAGAGAGGACUUCCACAGCAGCAUGGUCCAACACACAGUGAAAAUGAUUCUUCGGGACCCUCAUGACCAAGAGCCGGGCCCCAGACAUACCUCUCUCUCUGGACAAGUUAUGGAAGUCUGCAGAUCUUGGCAUGACAGUUUUGCCAAGAAUCGCAAGAAGAUGGAGGAGAAUUUGCAUGUCCUCCAGCCCGUGAUGAGGACCAUCCUGGAGCUGUGCCACAGCACAUUCUGCGGCCUGCUGCUGGUGGACCUCUCCGGCUGCCGGUCCAAAGGUCCUGUGGAAUGUGAGAACCUGAGGAAUAAGAUGGUGGUGGAGUGUGAGAGGAUGGAGGAUAAGCUUAUGAACACCUGGUUUCCCAAAAUCAUCCACCUCCUCACCAGCAAGGAGCUUCAGCAAGGCGUUAAGGCAGAGAAACUGAACUCCCUCUACACCUGUGCCUCCACCCUCAUCUCCAACCAGCUCAGGGACUUGGUGACACGCAGUGUGCAGGAGUACGUCAGUCUGUUCCAGCCAGAAAGAGCUCUGGAACUGCCCCUCUUCCGGAUGGACCUCAUCUUUGACAAUGAGAGGAUGGAGUUCUACCCCACCUUUGAGGACCUGGAGGCGGCCGUGCUGGAGAUCAUGACCCAGAUUGCCCACACCAUGCAGCAUGUCCAAACGGUGCAGUCCUGGCUGGCUGAGGGGCAGAAGUCUUUCGUGGACGCCAAACUGGCGGACCACAUCCUGACCUGGGCGAAGACGUCUCUCAGGGAUGCGGUGCACAGGAACCUGGAGGGACCCAGACUGCACCUCUGCAACUACGUGGAGAGCUAUGAUUGGCUGGUGAAGGACGUGGCGCAUACUCGGGUGAAGACCUUCAUGGAGGAGGAGCACUCGUUUGAUGAAUAUAUGGAGUUGGAGGAGGAGUUCCGGAUGCUGUCGCGGGAGAUCAUGAGCUUGCCCACAGUGGCUCACUUCCCUUUGGUGCGGCUGGACUGUGAGGAGCUGAAGCAGGGAUUGGCCAAGAAAGCCGCCAGUUUUGCUCAUAUCCUGCUAGAGCAGGUGGUGAUCAGACAACGGCAGGACAACCUGAAGUUGUGUAGAGAAUUUGAGGUUAUGCGGGAUAAGGUUCUGAAGGUUCCAGAGACGACAGAGGAGAUGACUGCACUGGCAGCGUUCAUAAGCCACUCCAGGACCAAGGGCAUGGAGGAGCUCUACGUCAAAAUAAUGGAGACACACCGUCGGCUGAACAUCUUGCUGGAUCUUCACCUAUUCGAGCCUGAAGAUCUGGAGCUGAACUCCACUGUGCUUUUGUGGCCCAGGAACAUGCUGCCUGUCUUUGACCUCGGUGAUGAGGUUUUAUUAAGCGCGAAGCGUAAAGGGGAGGAAGAGCUUCUGGUCCGCAGGGAGAGGCUGGUUCUGGAGCUGGAGAAGCUGGGUAACAGACUGGAGGAGUUUGCAGAGUGCUGUGAGCUGGAAAUGAUGCAGCAGUAUGUAGCUGAUGUGAAAGCAGUCCAGAAGCGGCUCCAGGAAGCAGAGGACGCCAUCGCCUUCAUCAACAAGGAAGAGACUCUUUACGAGUGGGAUCUGACCGCCUACCCCGCACUGGAGACCAUCAAGGAGAGCAUGGAGCCCUACCACAAGCUGUUUGGGCUGAUCCUCAAAUGGCAGAAAACAGAAAAGAGGUGGAUGGAUGGGUCAUUCCAGGAUCUGAACGGAGAGAGCAUGGAGGUGGAGGUGGAUGAGUUCUUCAGGGAGGUGUACAAGAUGCUCAAGUUCUUCCGGCAGAAGCAGAAAAAGGCGGAGCAGGAAGCUCGGCGACCCCCAGGGACGGUGGAGGACGGCCCGUCUGUCCUCAUGUGCACCGGAGUCAUGGAGCAAGUCAAGGACUUCAAGGAAAACGUUCCCAUGGUGUGUACCCUGUGUAACCCUGGGAUACGGGCCAGGCACUGGACGGAGAUGUCCAGCAUCGUGGGCUACGACCUGACGCCUGACUCGGGCACUACCCUACGCAAGCUGCUCAAACAGAACCUCUCCGCUUACCUGGAGCAGUUUGAGGUCAUCAGCGUUGCCGCCAGCAAGGAGUUCUCUCUGGAAAAGGCCAUGCAGACGAUGGUGGAGAUGUGGGACACUGUGGCCUUCAGCCAUCACCCCUACCGGGAGUCGGGCGUGUCCAUCCUCACCUCCGUGGAUGAGAUCCAGACCAUGCUGGAUGACCAGAUCGUAAAAACUCAGACCAUGCGUGGCUCUCCUUUCAUCAAACCCUUCGAGGCACAGAUCAGGGUGUGGGAGGAGAGGCUGAUUCGGAUCCAGGACACCAUAGACGAGUGGCUGAAGGUGCAGGCGCAGUGGCUGUACCUGGAGCCCAUCUUCUCCUCUGAGGACAUCAUGCAGCAGAUGCCUGAGGAGGGGCGUCUGUUCCAGACCGUCAGCGCACACUGGAGGGAGGUCAUGAAGCACUGCGUUAAAGACCCCAAGAUUCUGCCAGCGACAUCGCUGCCCGGCUUGCUGGAGAAACUGCAGGAUUCCAACGAGCUUCUGGAUAAAAUCAUGAAAGGGCUGAACGCUUACCUGGAGAAGAAAAGACUGUUCUUCCCACGGUUCUUCUUCCUGUCGAACGACGAGAUGCUGGAGAUUCUGUCUGAGACCAAGGACCCCCUGCGUGUGCAGCCUCACCUGAAGAAGUGCUUUGAGGGCAUCGCCAAGCUGGACUUCCUGCCCAACCUGGACAUCCAGGCCAUGUACAGCAGCGAGGGCGAGCGGGUGGAGCUGCUGGAGCGCAUCUCCACCUCUGACGCUCGCGGCGCGGUGGAGAAGUGGCUGGUGCAGGUGGAGGACAUCAUGCUGCGCAGCGUACGGGAUGAGGUCAGGCGUUCCAAAGAGGCCUACCCAGAGAGUGCGCGGAGCGCCUGGGUCCGGGAGUGGCCCGGUCAGGUGGUCCUGUGCACGUCGCAGAUGUUCUGGACCCUGGAGGUGCACGAGGCCAUAGGCAGUGGGCCUGAGGGUCUGACACUGUACUACCAGCAGCUGCAGGAGCAGCUGAAUGAUAUUGUGGAGCUGGUGAGAGGGAAGCUGCCCAAACAGACGCGUACCACCCUGGGUGCUCUGGUCACCAUCGAUGUGCAUGCCAGAGAUGUUGUCAUGGAGAUGAUUGAGAAAGGCGUGUCCCAUGAGACAGACUUCCAGUGGCUGGCUCAGCUACGCUACUAUUGGGACAACGAGAACGUGCGCGUCCGCAUCAUCAACUGUGACGUCAAAUACGCCUACGAGUACCUGGGCAACUGCCCGCGGUUGGUCAUCACCCCGCUGACUGACAGAUGCUACCGCACGCUGAUUGGAGCCUUUUACCUGAGUCUGGGCGGGGCCCCGGAGGGACCCGCAGGUACGGGCAAGACUGAGACCACCAAAGACCUGGCCAAAGCACUGGCUGUGCAGUGCGUGGUGUUCAACUGCUCCGACGGCCUGGAUUACCUCGCCAUGGGAAAGUUUUUUAAAGGCCUGGCGUCAUCGGGGGCCUGGGCAUGUUUUGACGAGUUUAACCGCAUCGAGCUGGAGGUGCUGUCGGUGGUGGCGCAGCAGAUCCUCUGCAUUCAGCGGGCCAUCGAGAUGAAGAUGGAGAGCUUCGACUUCGAGGGCACCGAGCUUCGCCUCAACCCCAACUGCUUCGUGGCCAUCACCAUGAACCCAGGAUACGCUGGCCGCUCUGAGCUGCCCGACAACCUGAAGGUGUUGUUCAGGACGGUGGCCAUGAUGGUCCCUAACUACGCGCUGAUAGCAGAGAUCUCGCUGUACUCCUACGGGUUCCUCAAUGCCAAGCCGCUGUCGGUGAAGAUCGUGAUGACCUACAGACUGUGCUCUGAGCAGCUGUCCUCCCAGUUCCACUACGAUUACGGCAUGCGCGCUGUCAAAGCUGUCCUGGUGGCUGCCGGAAACCUUAAACUAAAGUUCCCAGAUGAGAAUGAAGAUAUCCUUCUACUUCGCUCAAUUAAGGACGUAAACGAGCCCAAGUUCCUGUCUCAUGACAUCCCGCUGUUUAACGGGAUCACCAGUGACCUGUUCCCCGGGAUCUCCCUGCCUGUGGCAGACUACCAGCUCUUCCUGCAAUGUGCCAGUGAAUGCUGUCAGAACCACAAUGUGCAGCCAACGCAGGUCUUUGUGGAAAAGAUGAUUCAGACGUACGAGAUGAUGAUCGUGCGACACGGGUUUAUGUUGGUGGGAGAGCCUUUUGCGGGAAAGACCAAAGUGCUGCACGUCCUGGCGGACACGCUCACGCUGAUGAACGAGAAAGGGUUCAACGAGGAGGAGAAAGUCCUGUUCCGCACUGUCAACCCCAAAUCCAUCACCAUGGGCCAGCUGUUCGGGCAGUUUGACCCCGUUUCCCACGAGUGGGCUGACGGAAUCGUGGCCAACAUGUUUCGGGAGUUUGCUUCUUCCGAAACGCCGGACAGGAAGUGGGUGGUGUUUGACGGACCCAUCGACACGUUGUGGAUUGAGAGCAUGAACACAGUGCUGGACGACAACAAAAAGCUGUGCUUGAUGAGUGGAGAAAUCAUCCAGAUGUCCAAUCAGAUGAGUCUGAUCUUUGAAGCCAUGGACCUGUCCCAGGCCUCUCCGGCCACAGUGAGCCGCUGUGGGAUGAUUUACAUGGAGCCGUCUCAGCUGGGCUGGGAGCCCCUCCUCACCUCCUGGCUCAACACUCUGCCUGAGCUGCUGCAGGCCCCAAACAACUCUGCCCUCCUCACACAGCUUUUCUAUUGGCUGAUCCCCCCGUCACUCAGGAUGCUACGGAAACACUGCAGGGAAGUGGUGACCACAAACAACAGCAACACCGUGGUGUCCCUGACACGCCUCUUUCAGAUGCUGCUGACAGAACCUCUCAAGCAAGACUCCGCCCACAAGAACAUCCGCAUGUGGAUCAUGGGGGCUUUUGCCUUUUCCCUGGUGUGGUCUGUGGGGGGCAGCUGUGACACGGACAGUAGAGAGAAGUUCGAUGAGUUCCUGAGGGAAAUCCUCUCUGGGAAGAUGGAGGAGCACCCUAUUCCUGAGGAGGUGGAGAAAUGGGAGUGUCCCUUUGAGGAGAAGGGCCUGGUGUAUGACUACUCCUUUGAGUUUAAAGGACGAGGUCGUUGGGUUCCCUGGAAUGAGGCGAUCAAGAACAUCAACCUGGGAGACAAGAACACCAAGGUGCAGGACAUCAUCGUCCCCACCAUCGACACCGUGCGCUACACCUACCUGAUGGACCUGUGCAUCCAGUAUGGAACGCCGCUGCUCUUCGUGGGCCCCACAGGCACAGGGAAGUCUGUGUACGUCAAAGAGAAACUCAUGAACAACCUGGACAAGGACCGCUACCUUCCCUUUUUCAUCAACUUCUCUGCUCGCACCAGUGCUAACCAGAGCCAGAACAUCAUCAUGUCCCGUCUGGAUAAGAGGCGUAAGGGUGUGUUUGGGCCGCCCAUGGGGAAGAAGUGUGUGAUAUUUGUGGACGAUAUGAACAUGCCGGCGCUGGAGCAGUUUGGAGCUCAGCCUCCUGUGGAGCUGCUACGACAGUACUUUGACCACGGCAACUGGUAUGACCUGAAGGACACGUCCACCAUCACCCUGGUAGAUCUGCAGCUGAUCUCAGCCAUGGGCCCCCCUGGCGGCGGCCGCAAUGCCGUCACCCCCCGCUUCCUCCGCCAUUUCAACAUCUGCAGCAUCAACACCUUCAGCGACAGCACCAUGGUGCACAUCUUCUCCCACAUCGUCAGCUUCUACCUGCGCAACAGCGCCUUCCCGCCUGAGUACUUCACUGUGGGCAACCAGAUCGUCGUGGCAACGAUGGAGGUGUAUAAAAAGGCCAUGCAGAACCUGCUGCCCACCCCUGCUAAGUCGCAUUACACCUUUAACCUGCGGGAUUUCUCGCGGGUGGUGCGCGGCUGCCUGCUGCUGCAAAAGGAGUCGCUGGAGAGCAAGCACACCAUGAUCCACCUGUUUGUGCACGAGGUCUUCCGCGUCUUCUACGACCGCCUGGUGGACGACAAGGACCGGGCGUGGCUGUACAAGCUGAUGAACGACAUCGUGAAGGAACAUUUCCGAGAGAACUUUGAUGCUGUGUUCAGCUAUCUGAAACAAGACAACAGGCCUCUGUGUGAGGAGGACAUGCGGAACCUGCUUUUUGGGGACUACAUGAACCCCGACCUGGAGGACAGCGAGCGUCUGUACGCUGAGGUGCCGUCCAUGGACAGCUUCAGCCAGGUGGUGGAGCUCUGCCUGGACGAGUACAACCAGACCCACAAGAACCGCAUGAACCUGGUCAUCUUCCGGUACGUUCUGGAGCACCUGUCCCGGAUCAGCCGUGUUCUGAAGCAGCCGGGGGGGAACGCGCUCCUGGUGGGGGUGGGGGGCAGCGGGAGACAGUCGCUCACACGGCUCGCCACCUCCAUGUCCAAGAUGACCAUCUUUCAGCCGGAAAUCUCCAAGAGCUACGGCAUGAACGAGUGGAGAGACGACCUGAAGCGCUUGCUGAAGAGUGCCGGUGUGAAGGGGGAGCAGACGGUGUUCCUGCUCACAGAUGCCCAGAUUAAGGAGGAGGCCUUCCUGGAGGAUGUGGACAGCUUGCUGAACACGGGCGAAGUGCCCAACAUCUUUGCUGUGGAUGAGAAGCAGGAAAUCAUGGAGGCGGUGCGGCCCGUGGCCCAGGCGGGCAGCCGGGACGCAGAGCUCAGCCCGCUGGCGCUCUUCGCCUUCUUCGUGACGCGCUGCCGGGAGAACCUGCACAUCGUGGUGGCGUUCAGCCCCAUCGGCGACGCCUUCCGCAACCGCCUGCGCCAGUUCCCCUCCCUCAUCAACUGCUGCACCAUCGACUGGUUCCAGCCCUGGCCAGAGGAGGCGCUGGAGCGAGUGGCCUACAAGUUCCUGGAGAGCCUGGAGCUGAGUGACCACGAGCGGCAGGAAGUCAUCAUACUCUGCAAGACCUUCCACACCUCUGCCAUUAACCUGUCUCACAGGUUCCUGUCUGAACUGGGACGCCACAACUACGUCACUCCCACCUCCUACCUGGAGCUGAUCGCCGCCUUCCGCCAGCUCCUCACUCAGAAACGCGAUGCCGUCAUGAGAGCCAAGAAACGCUACACCAACGGCCUGGACAAGCUGGCCUUCGCCGAGUCCCAGGUGAGUGAGAUGAAGAAGGAGCUGGUUGACCUGCAGCCGAAACUGGAGGUGGCCAAAGUGGAGAACAACAACAUGAUGAAGGUGAUCGAGGUGGAGUCGGUGCAGGUGGAGGCGAAGAGUAAGCUGGUGCGGGUGGAUGAGGAGGCGGCCACGCUGAAGGCCGGGGAGGCCCAGGCGCUGAAGGACGAGUGUGAGAGCGACCUCGCUGAGGCCAUCCCCGCCCUCGAGGCAGCGCUGUCUGCCCUCGACACGCUAAAGCCGUCUGACGUUACCAUAGUGAAGUCCAUGAAGAACCCCCCCUCAGGCGUGAAGCUGGUGAUGUCAGCCGUCUGUGUGAUGAAGGAGAUCAAGCCGGAGAAGAUCACUGACCCUGCGGGGAAAGGACAGAAGAUACUUGACUAUUGGGGCCCGAGUAAGAAGCUGCUGGGAGACAUGAAUUUCCUGAGAGAUUUGAGAGAGUACGACAAGGACAACAUCCCUGUGCCGGUCAUGGCUAAAAUCCGCAGUGAGUACAUGAGUAACCCCGACUUUGACCCAACCAAAGUGGCCAAAGCUUCGGGUGCUGCAGAGGGUCUGUGCAGGUGGAUCACAGCCAUGGAGGUGUACGACAGAGUGGCCAAGGUUGUGGCUCCUAAGAAGGCCAACCUUCUGGAGGCCCAGGAGUCGCUGGCCACCACCAUGGCCCUGCUGAAUGAGAAGAGGGCGGAGCUUAAGGAGGUGGAGGACCGGCUGGCCGCCCUGCAGCGCACCUUUGAGGAGAAGACGGAGGAGAAGGCGCAGCUGGAGCUGCAGGUGGAGCUCUGCGCCAGUAAGCUGGAGAGAGCAGAGAAACUCAUCGGGGGACUGGGGGGCGAGAAGACUAGGUGGUCCAUUGCAGCAGAUGACCUGCAGAACAUCUACGACAACCUGACAGGUGAUGUGCUGAUCUCCGCUGGGGUCAUCGCCUACCUGGGGGCCUUUACCUCUGCGUUCCGCCAAGACUGCUCCAGGAACUGGACCCAGCUCUGCAAGUCCAGGGACAUUCCGUCUUCAGAUGACUUCUCGUUGAGUAAAACUCUGGGUGACCCCAUUAAGAUCCGAGCCUGGAACAUCGCAGGUCUGCCCACCGACAGCUUCUCCAUCGACAACGGCGUCAUCGUCAGCAACUCCCGGAGAUGGCCACUGAUGAUUGACCCUCAGGGUCAGGCUAACAAGUGGGUGAAGAACUCUGAGAAGGACAAUAAGCUGAGCAUUAUCAAGCUCACAGACUCCGACUACAUGAGGACUCUGGAAAACUGCAUCCAGUUCGGCACCCCCCUGCUUCUGGAGAACGUGGGGGAGGAACUGGACCCUUCACUGGAACCCCUGCUGCUCAAGCAGACCUUCAAACAGGGAGGCAUGGAUUGCAUCAGACUGGGCGAGAGCGUGAUUGAGUACUCAUGUGAUUUCCGCUUCUACAUCACCACCAAGCUGAGGAACCCACACUACCUGCCUGAGCUGGCCACCAAGGUCUCCCUGCUCAACUUCAUGAUCACCCCCGAGGGCCUGGAGGACCAGCUGCUGGGCAUCGUGGUGGCCAAAGAGAGACCGGAGCUGGAGGAGGAGAGGAAUGCCCUGAUCCUUCAGUCGGCCACCAAUAAGAAGCAGCUGAAGGAGAUAGAGGACAGGAUCCUGGAGACGCUGCAUUCUGAGGGAAACAUCCUGGAAGACGAGAGUGCCAUUCAGGUCCUGGACUCCGCCAAAAUCAUGUCCAAUGAGAUCACAAAGAAGCAGCAGAUUGCUGAAAAGACGGAGGUAAAGAUUGCGGAAUCGAGGGAGGGCUACAGGCCGAUUGCCAAACACUCCUCCAUCCUGUUCUUCAGCAUCGCAGACCUGGGCAACAUUGACCCCAUGUACCAGUACUCCCUCACCUGGUUCGUCAACCUGUACAUCAGCUCAAUCCAGGAGAGGGGAAAGUCCAAGGUUUUGGAGAAGAGGCUGCGGUUCCUGAUCGAUCACUUCACCUACAACCUGUACUGCAACGUGUGCCGCUCGCUGUUCGAGAAAGACAAGCUGCUCUUCUCCUUCCUGCUCUGCUCCAACCUCCUCCUGGCUAAGCGGGAGAUCGAUUACGCAGAGUUCAUGUUCCUGCUGACGGGCGGGGUGGGGCUGCAGAACACCGUGCCCAAUCCCGACCCCAGCUGGCUGCAGGACAAGAGCUGGGAUGAGAUCUGCAGAGCCAGCGACCUGCCGGGCCUGCGGGGCUUCAGAGAGUUUUUCAGUGAGAACCCAGAGAGUUUCCAGCAGAUUUACGACAGUAAGGAGCCCUACAACAUGCCACUGCCCAGCCCCUGGAGCGAUCGACUCAACCACCUGCAAAAGAUGAUCGUGUACCGAUGCCUGCGUCCCGACAAGAUUGUUCCGGCAAUCUCUAACUACGUGACGGAUAACCUGGGGAAGAAGUUUGUGGAGCCGCCGCCGUUCGACCUGACGAAGAGCUACACGGACUCCAACUCCACCGUGCCGCUGGUGUUCGUGCUGUCACCCGGCGCCGACCCCAUGGCCAGCCUGCUGAAGUUCGCCAAUGAUAAGAACAUGGGCGGAGCCAUGUUCCAGUCCAUCUCGCUGGGCCAGGGCCAGGGCCCCAUCGCCGCCCGCAUGAUCCGCGCGGCCAUGAGUGAGGGCACCUGGGUGUGCCUGCAGAACUGCCACCUGGCCGUGUCCUGGAUGACCACGCUGGAGAAGAUCUGUGAGGACCUCAGCCCCGAAACCUGCCACCCCGACUUCCGCCUCUGGCUCACCAGCUACCCCUCCCCCAAGUUUCCAGUGACCAUCCUGCAGAACGGGGUGAAGAUGACCAACGAGCCGCCGACAGGCCUGAGACUGAACCUGCUGCAGUCCUACCUGACCGACCCCGUGUCUGACCCCACCUUCUUCGAGGGUUGCCCUGAGAAACAGCCGGUGUGGGAGAAGCUGCUGUAUGGAGUGUGUUUCUUCCAUGCGCUCGUCCAGGAGAGGAAGAAGUUUGGACCGCUGGGCUGGAACAUUCCGUACGGCUUCAAUGAGUCUGACCUGCGCAUCAGCAUCAGACAGCUUCAGCUGUUUGUGAAUGAGUAUGAGCAGGUUCCGUUUGAGGCCAUAUCGUACCUGACGGGCGAGUGUAACUAUGGCGGCCGUGUGACGGACGACUGGGACCGCCGUCUGCUCCUCACCAUCCUCGCCGACUUCUACAACCAGGACAUCGUGGAAAACCCCCGCUACAAAUUCUCCCCCAGCGGCAAAUACUUUGCCCCCCCCAAAUCCUCUUACGAGGACUAUGUGCUGUUUAUCAGGAACCUGCCUGUCACUCAGCAGCCGGAGGUGUUUGGCAUGCAUGAGAAUGUGGACAUAUCCAAGGACCUGCAGCAGACCAAGCUGCUCUUUGAUUCGCUACUACUCACCCAGGGGGGUGGAGCUAAAGGUGGAGGUAGCUCAGGAGGGGACAGCACUUUAUUUGACAUUGCACACGACAUCCUCAGCAAGCUCCCGGACAGCUUUGACCUGGAGGCAGCGCUGGCUAAGUUCCCUGUGCUGUAUGAGGAGAGCAUGAACACUGUGCUGGUUCAGGAAAUGCAGCGAUACAACACGCUGGGGAGCACCAUUCGCCUGAGUCUGCAGAACCUGCAGAAGGCCAUUAAGGGGCUGGUGGUGAUGGACGCGGAUCUGGAGGCCCUGUCCGGAAGCCUGAUGGUGGGGAAGGUUCCGGAGAAAUGGGCCAAGGUCUCCUACCCCAGCCUCAAACCGCUGGGCAGCUACGUCAACGACUUCCUUGCCAGGCUCAAGUUCCUGCAGGACUGGUAUGAGAGCACCAAGCCGAAUGUCUUUUGGCUAUCCGGCUUCUUCUUUACCCAAGCCUUCCUGACGGGGGCGCUGCAGAACUACGCCAGGAAGUACUCCAUCCCCAUCGACCUGCUGGGCUUCGACUUCCAGGUCCUGCCCAUUACCUCCUCUGACUCCGCCCCCGAGGAUGGAGUCUACAUCCACGGCCUCUUUUUAGAUGGAGCACGCUGGGACAAGGCAGCUGGAGUUCUAGCUGAGCAGCUGCCCAAGGUUCUGUUUGACUCUGUCCCCAUAAUCUGGAUAAAACCAUUGAAGAGGAGCCCGGCAGGGUCAUCGCAGAGCGUGUACGUGUGCCCGCUCUACAAGACCAGCGAGCGCAAGGGCACUCUGUCCACCACCGGCCACUCCACAAACUUCGUCAUCACCAUGACGCUCCCCACCGCGCUGCGUCCCCAGCACUGGAUCAAGAGGGGUGUGGCUUUGCUGUGUCAGCUGGACGACUGAACCCCCGAAGCCCAGAGCACAGGCAGCACAGGCUGCACAGGCAGCAGCACAGGCAGCAGCACAGGCCCAGCUGUAGCCAUAUAAACUAGUGACUGGCACAAUAAACAUGACACAGUUGUGUUUUCAUAUUGGACCACUUCUGAGGGACUAAAUUAACUUUGUAAAAUUUGUUUUGAGAAAAAUACAUAACUAUUCUGGUGAGAAAAUUAUGUUUGUAAAAUAUGAUUUGAUAAAAAUAAAUAAAAACUCUGCUGAAAAGGGAA